AAAAAUAGUAAAGUCAACGCUGACUACUCGACAUAGUCGACAUGCUCAUGAAUUGCCAGUUAGAGUAUGUGCCGAGUGUUAUUUUAUGUGUUGUGUGGCGAGCGCUUUAGAUAAACGCUGACCACCGUUUACUCACAAUGUAUUAAGUUCUUUGUUAUUUUUAAGACAUUAAAACUCUUUAUUUUAUUUUUUUGAACAGUGAACUUUAAAUAGCAGCUAAAUAAAUAUUAUAAAUAUUACUGGUUGAUAAAACUUACUAUUGUUAUAAGUUAUAGUAUUAUAAAUGAUGAAUGUUUUACAUCAACUGUCAAUAUUUCAUCUCGGUCUCCUUUGUCGCAGUGCAGAAAGUUAUUGUAGUUGAAACUUUUUUUAAAAUUAUAUCCAAGUAAUUACAGUACACAACAAUUCUGUGUUUAUUCUAGAUUAAGGAGUAUUUUUUAUCAUUGCUUAGAAAAAUAAUUUCCCUCACCAGGAUUGACAGUUUUUUACUUGUCGACAGGAUGUCUCAUAAUAUUGUCGUUGAUCCUUUUAGUGAAACUCCAUUGGAUUUGGAUGACAUUCAAGAUGAUCAGAAAGAGAAUGGGAUGGACAUUGCGGAAGAAAUAACUGAUGAACUGCCGUAUGCAGUGCCAUUGACACCUGAAGAAGUCAGAUGGUUUUACAAGGACGGCGUUGACAAAAGAUGGAUAGAAUUUUGCGGGUAUGAUAGCCUAAGAAUCGAAAAUGCUUGGAGACUAUGCCAGGGUCAGGAUGCCAAUCAGACAAAUGAAAAUUCAAUAAGUUAUGAAAGAGUUGUUGUCAAAGGUGGGAUGUAUGAUGUUGAAUUAGACAAUAUGAGAUGUGUCUCUAUUUAUUGGCCAGGUGAAGAAUGGGAAAUACUAAGAGCAACGUGGUUUUACGAUGCCAGUUGGAUUCCAUUGGAGAUAGAACACUCGAAAGUUAUAGAGGAGAAUCAUUUAAGACUUUUUGAAAAAAAACAAUCGUCAAGGUCAACACCUGAGGAAAUAGCUCCCUCGCAUUCCUACAAAGUUCUUCACACAGUACAUUUCCCAGAAUUUCAUGUUGAUUGGCAUGCCAUUAAUGAUGUCGCGCUUUAUAGUGAAUACACACCGAGCAAAUUAAUGCGUAGCGUUACCUCUAAACUAGGAUUUACUAAAACAAGUGGAUAUCGCCUGAAGCGCGGUUACAAGGUCUCCUCGACAAUGGAUGAUAAGCCACAUGAUAUUGAUCAUUUGGUAUUCGUUGUCCAUGGCAUUGGUCAGAAACGUGAUACCGGUAAAAUCAUACGAAACACUGCCUCGUUUCGUGAUUGUGUUGACUGGUGCAAGCAGAAAUAUUUUCCUAACUCAUCACAUCGCGUCGAAUUUUUUCCAGUCGAAUGGCGAUCUUCUUUAAAACUCGACGGUGACAUAGUAGAUGCAAUAACUCCGUACAGUGUAAUGAGCAUAAGACAUCUGUUAAACACAUCUGCAAUGGAUAUUCUUUAUUACACAAGCCCAUUGUACGGGGGAGAAGUACGCGCUGGUCUGCAACGUGAGCUGAAUCGUUUGUAUUUCAUGUUUAUAAGCCGGCAUCCCGGAUGGAGUGGAAAGGUAUCAGUGCUGGCUCACUCACUCGGCUGUGUUAUUGUUUAUGACAUCGUUACUGGUUGGAUGGGGCCAGAUACUAGACCACCAUCCCCAGCAGCGCCUGACGUCCUUCUCGUUACAGACGGACUAAAAUUCACAAUAGAAAAUUUAUUUUGCCUUGGCUCACCUUUAUCAGUAUUUUUAGCGUUACGUACAAGAACGCCGGCAAACCCAGGAGACAUAAUGCCCCCGGGAUUGUGUAAAAAGUUUUUCAAUAUUUUUCAUUGGUCUGAUCCAGUUGCUUAUCGAAUGGAGCCAUUACUUGUUAGGAAUUACAGCAAAAUUGAGCCGGUACUUAUUUUGCCUUAUGGUGGUGUCGAUAAUCCAGAUCAACCAUUGUCAUUAGGAAAUGUUGAAUCAAUACCUACGUCAGAUAACGAAGAAAAAGAUGAUAAAGAAGCUGAUAGUCCUACCGAUACCCCUAAUAGAACGGUUGAAAAAGGCUCAUGGAGCUUAUGGGGUCUUGUAAGAGCUGGAUGGAAUACCAAAGAAGGCGCCUCACCUACUCCUGAUGCUAAUAUCAUUAGACCUGAUGAAGAACUAGAACAACGACUUGACUAUGUUUUACGAGCGGGUGGAUUAGGCCGUAAUUAUUUGUAUACAGUAACAGCUCAUACCGCGUAUUGGAGUAAUUAUGACGUUGCCUAUUUUGUAUUAACUAGAUUAUUCCCAAACUUAGAAACUUGAUGUUUGCUUGUCCCUAGCGACACGACUUUUUCUUUAAAUUGCCAUAUGCGUUUACUAGUCGUUUAAAUUAUUAUUUUCAAAUUAAACAGGUCUAUUUAUCAUCUAACGCAUAAGAGACCUCCUACCAAAAAUAAUAAUAAGAAAAACUCGAAAUAUAUUAUUAUUAAAUAAUAAUUAAUAAAAAAUAAAAAA